AUGGCCCCCAAGGUCUUUGCCACUGGAGCCUCUGGCUACAUCGGCGGUGCCGCUCUCGAUGCAAUCAUCAAUGCCCACCCCGACUACGAAAUUACCGCCCUCGUACGAAGCCCACAGAAAGUCGCAUCCCUAGUUGCCAAAUACCCCAACCUCAAGACUGUCAAUGGCGAUCUCGACUCAGGGUCCGUUAUUGAAUCCGAGACAGAGAAGGCCGACAUCAUCCUCCACUUCGCGGACUGCGACCACGUCCUUGCUGCCAAAUCCAUCUCCGCCGGCCUCAAGAAGAAGACCACCCCUGUCUUCCUCAUCCACACAUCCGGCUCUGCGAUCCUGCCCGACAUUAGCAAGGGCGAGUUCGGACAGCAGGUGGACGAGAAGAUCUAUGACGACAUUGAAUCUAUCAAGGAAAUCACGUCGUUCCCAAUCGAAGGACAUGUACACAGGGAUGUUGAUACCAUCAUCCUGGGGGCUAACUCGGAUAACGUCAAGACGGCGAUUGUGUGCCCACCGACUAUCUAUGGCGUUGGAGCUGGCACAGCGGGAAAUACCCGCUCUAACCAGGUCCCAGGGCUUACCAAAUUCACCCUGCAGCGUGGCGAGACAUUCCAGGUGAAUGCGGGGAAGAGUUAUUGGAACAAUGUGCACAUUGACGACUUGUCACAGCUGUACCUCCUCCUCACUGAAGACGCUGCUGCAGGUGGUAAGAAAGCCACCUGGGGCACAGAGGGUUACUACUUCGCCGAGAACGGAGAGCAUGUCUGGGGUGAGUUGGCGAAGAAGAUUGCCGAAAAGGCUAAGGUCAAGGGAUACCUGAGAACCAAUGACGUCGCCUCGUUGAACGAUGAUGAGAUCAAAAAGAUCCACCCAUUCGGCUGUGUUAUCUGGGGAACUAACUCGCGAGGGAGGGCCUCAAGGGCAAGAAAGGUUUUGGGAUGGACACCAAAGGGUGCGUCAUUGGAAGAGACACUAGAUGCGCUGAUCGACUCUGAGGCAAAGUCGUUGGGGAUUACACCUCCUGGGGAGACCGUCGUUUAA